CUAUAAUCAGUCUGCACUUUUCAACCAAAUCCAAUAACUCUUUUGUCCCUUUUUUUCUUCUUUAAACAUCAACCCAUUUUAGCCAACAUGAUUGGGUUCUGAUGGAUGGCUACAGGAAUGUCAUAAAGAAAUUAAAAAAGAAAAACCAAGAUAAGGCAAGAAAAGAAAAAUAGAGAUAAAAAGGGCAUAACUUUUUUGACAUAAAAAACCCAACUGCAUUGCAUUAUUGGUUUUGCUCUGUACAAGGAAACUUCGUAUCAAGAUUGAGCUUUACUGCUCUGUUUAAUGGUGGGUUUGGAUAUUAUGCAUCCUUGGUUUUUUGAGUUGCAGUUCAUUUGAAUAAGUUGAGGUGGUGGUGAGGCUAUUACUGUUGAUCAGCCAAUGGGAUUCUCCCUUUCCUUGCUUUUCCUUUUGGCUUCUCUCCCUGUGAUUUUUGCUCAAGACGUUAAACAUGCUACGAUUGUGGUUGAUGGGACAGUCACAGUCGCCGAAACUGAUGAUAAUUUCAUCUGUGCUACCCUUGAUUGGUGGCCUCAUGACAAGUGUGACUACAACCAAUGUCCGUGGGGCUAUUCAUCUGUCCUAAAUUUGAACCUGUCUCAUCCUCUUCUGGCAAAAGCUAUGCAAGCUUUCAGGCACUUGAGGAUUAGAAUUGGUGGUUCUUUGCAAGACCGAGUGUUGUAUGAUGUAGGAGAUUUGAAGUUUCCUUGCCAUCCAUUUAGAAAAAUGAAAGAUGGGCUGUUUGGAUUUUCAAAAGGAUGUUUACAUAUGAACCGGUGGGAUGAAUUGAACCUUUUAUUCAGUAAAACAGGGGCUAUUGUGACUUUUAGCUUAAAUGCCCUCCACGGGAGGCACCAGAUCAGGAGGGGUGUUUGGGGAGGAGCUUGGGACUCCAGCAACGCCUAUGAUUUUAUGAACUACACUGUCUCAAAAGGACACAAGAUAGAUUCAUGGGAAUUUGGUAACGAGUUAAGUGGAAGUGGCGUUGGUGCAAGUGUAAAUGCUGAGCUCUAUGGGAAAGAUGUGAUCAACCUUAAGAAUAUUAUAAAUGAAUUGUACAAGAACUCUGGCUUUAAGCCUUCACUUAUAGCACCUGGAGGAUUUUUUAAUCAGCAGUGGUAUGCCGAGUUUCUUAAGGUUUCAGGUUCAGGCAUAAUCAAUAUUUUGACUCAUCACAUAUACAACCUAGGAGCAGGUAUCGAUCCCAACCUUGUGAGUAAGAUACUGGAUCCCCAUUACUUGAGCAAGAUAACAGAAACAUUCAGUGGUCUUGCUCAAACAAUUCAACAGCAUGGUCCUUGGUCUUCUGCAUGGGUUGGUGAAUCUGGCGGGGCCUAUAACAGUGGUGGCCGUCAUGUGUCUAACACAUUUGUCAAUAGCUUUUGGUACUUAGAUCAGCUUGGAUUGGCAUCCAAAUACAAUACUAAAGCAUAUUGCCGGCAAACACUAAUUGGCGGAAACUAUGGUCUCCUGAAUACAACCACACUUGUGCCCAACCCUGACUACUACAGUGCUCUUCUAUGGCAUCGGCUUAUGGGGAAAGGUGUUCUGGCUGUUGGUAGUGAUGCUUCACCGUAUCUACGUGCUUAUGCACAUUGUUCAAGAGGAAGAGCUGGUGUAACUUUACUACUGAUCAAUUUAAGCAAUCAGACUGAUUUUAUAAUCAGUGUUCAAAAUAGUAUGGCAAUGAAGUUGCACGUGAAAGAGAACAUUCAAAGAGAAAGCCGUAUUGUUCGUGGCCUUAAGAGAUCAGUUUCAUGGGUCGGAAACCGAGCCUCAGAUGAAUCAUUAACCAGAGAGGAGUACCAUUUAACUUCAAAAGAUGGUUACCUUCGAAGCCAAACCAUGGUUCUAAACGGAAUCCCAUUAGAGCUUACUGAAGAUGGAGAAAUCCCGCGGUUAGACCCUGUUCAUAAUAAUGUGAAAUCUCCUAUAUACAUCAGUCCUUUAUCCAUUGCAUUUAUAGUUUUCCCAAAUUUUGAUGCCCCCUCUUGUGCAUAAUUGGCUGCACUUAUCACUUAGCUGUAUAAUUAAUUUUAUGUUGUAUAUGUAGUUGCAGAAACUGUAAUCUUUAUGGUAACUGUAAUUAUGACAAGUUAUAGUUUGUGAAAUAAUGUUGUGGAAGAAAAUAAGAUAAAAAAAGUCCCACAUUUCAAAGUC